GGCGAUCCGAAGUCCGUACAUUCGUUCGUGUACCUUGCUUGGGUUUGGACGCGUUUUUGCACGUGUACGUGGUUCUUGGUGGAAUCGGUCCUUGUCAGUGGAUACAGCAUCCGACCAGGGAUAUUCCCAGCGCUAGAACCAGUCGGGCGUCAUUCGCGUUCCAAUCGUCAGUCGAGUUGCACGUGUUUUUCCGCCGCUUGGUGCUCGGUACGUCUACCUUUGCUUUGCUGUGGCGUGAUUGUUACUAGAAGUGUGUUCCAGACAUCGGACGACGCGUUUCCAGCAAUCAAAGUGAGCCUUGUUUUGCCUAACAAGUGUGAGGUGUGUGGGAGUGAUUUGUUGAAGUACGCCUGCUAGGCAGUGUAUACUUGGAUGGCAACAUUUUAAAGGUGUCGUUAAUUUACAAAUUGCUUGAGAUUUGCCUCAAUUUAAUCGUAUCGCUCUGAUAAGGCGAGUAGAUUUCCGCCGUUAGACGAAAGGAUUGUGUUUGUGUGAACCGCAAGUUUAUUGACAGUUGAUUGCAGUUUGAGUGAUUAUUUUGAGAAGCCUACUUUGUGAGACCGAGAGCGAUACUGGAUUUGUUACGAUAACUAGUCGGCUGAUAACGGCGGAGAAACGGCUCAACAGCUGUGUAAAUCAAUAGCACUGGAAUGGUUUUAUGAGUGACAUGAACGGCCUAUAGCUAAUAUUCAGUGAUUACGUUACCAAACGUCGCCCGAGGUGGACUGAGCGGGAAUCCCAAAAACACACUGCAACUCGUUAAAACUUUGGAUCGCAAUACUCUCCACCGACCGCCCGAUAGUAGACGCAAAGUCUAAAACACCACCAACCACCCUAUCGCAAUUCUACCACACAAGCUUCUUCGGUCCUCCGUCAGUAACUGAAAUCCUCCCACCGCUACUCGUGACAGUGCUGCUGUAAAUAGAGCUGCUUCCCCGGUUGCCUACAUACAGGAAACUAGCAAGCUACUAGCUCCGGGCGAACUGCUGUUGUCGUGUCGCCUUAAACUAGACACAGAAGACAACGACUAGCGGAAGGCGCAUUAUUUCUUUGGUGUCGUCUGCUUCGUUACGAUUCGGCAGAAUUUUGCGACUGCAAGCGAAAAUAAAUCAACAAUUUAUAAAAUUUUAUUAAUAUUUAACGAGGCCAAAAUUGGAACGCAAAGACGACAAAUCAGAUAGCACAUAUACAACUACAAUCUGGUGCAAGGCGAGAAAGAAGAGCUUCGGCGGAAAACUGAUUAUCAUUAUGGUGCAUCAGCAAUCGAUUAUGGGUCUAUUUUCGGCACAAUAAUCGGAACUGACAAAUCGAUAUACUCUUGGAAAUGCUCGUAUAAUUCAAUCCAACCCCCGUGGACUGAGAGUGAGAAAUCAUCGGCUGAGCUGGAAUUUCGCUGAACAAAGCAUCCAUUCUCCUCAAUAGGAUAGUAGUACAAUAAAAAUAAUGACAAUAAUCAUAGUACCUUAUAGCGUAUAGAAAAAUCUCUACUAUCUUCUCACUCCACUCAACGUCCCUCGAAACAGAAAAAGUCAUUUAGAAAAUAGAAGAAGCAACGAGCGAGUAACGAGGCUGUCCAUCAGAGGAACCGAAAACCAAAAAGCGAAGCAAAAGACGGAACUUUUUGACCUGACAAGUAUAUAGCUCGGAACGGAAGCUCUCUUUCAAGCGACACCUACCGCCCAUCACAAUGGAUUUAAAGCACUCCAACGUACCGGAAGUGACGGUAGUAGCCGAUGCAUACAUGCCGGGCAGUAAAUCCUCCGAUCUGAUCAAACCUCCCAUCAAUGGAUCUAGCGCAACGUUGGACAAACCGGCCCUAGCACCAGGAGAGUUCAAGGUGUACAAACGGCGAUGGCUGGUGCUGGCAAUAUUCGUAAUGUAUUCCGCCUCGAAUGCACUCCAAUGGAUCCAGUACAGUAUUAUAGCAAACAUAGUUCAAAGAUACUACGAUAUUACCAGCACAUGGGUCGACUGGACGUCGAUGAUUUUCAUGAUCCUCUACAUUCCGCUCAUCUUUCCGGCCAGCUGGAUCCUGGAUAAACUGGGUCUUCGGAUCGCAGCAAUCAGCGGAGUUUUGGGCACCUGCCUGGGUGCUUGGAUCAAAUGCUUCUCCGUCCGGCCGGACCUAUUCUGGGUUGGAUUCAUCGGACAAUCCAUUGUUGCAGCCUCGCAGGUGUUUAUCCUAUCGUUGCCGGCCAAAGUGGCGGCGGUAUGGUUUGGUCCCGAUCAGGUUUCGUCGGCGUGCAGUAUCGGAGUUUUCGGAAAUCAGCUCGGAAUCGCAGUAGGCUUCCUGUUACCUCCCAUACUUGUCGAAAACCACACCGACUUGAAUCUAGUUGGCGAUGACUUGAAACUGAUGUUCUACAUUGUGGCUGGGUUCACCAGUUUGCUGGUCAUCUUGGUUCUCAUCUUUUUCAAGGCGGCUCCUCCAACACCGCCAUCGGCCGCCCAGGAAGCAACCAAGACCCCGAACCCGUUGCAGUCGUCGCCGUUCCUGCACUCCAUUAAACGGCUCAUGCUGAACCGAAACUACGUCCUUCUGCUGGUGUCGUACGGUAUGAAUGUCGGCGUGUUCUACGCCAUCUCAACUCUUUUGAACCAGAUCGUCCUCACCCACUACCCGGGCCAUGAGGUGGACGCCGGCCGCAUUGGCGUCUGUAUCGUUUUCGCCGGCAUGCUUGGAUCCGUCGCUUGCGGUAUCGUCCUCGAUAAGACCCAUCGAUUCAAAGAGACCACGCUAGCAGUAUACGUCUUCACUAUGAUAGGAAUGUGGAUUUACACUUUCACCCUAUCCGUCGGUCACAUUGCUGUGGUUUACAUUACGUCGUCCCUGUUAGGAUUUUUCAUGACCGGAUAUCUUCCGGUGGGCUUUGAGUUUGCUGCCGAGCUGACCUAUCCGGAGCCGGAGGGAACCUCCACUGGGUUGCUGAAUGCCGCGGCGCAAGUGUUCGGUAUCGCCUUCACCAUGAUCUACUCGGAGAUUCUCAACAGCAGCGGUGACGUCAUCGCAAACGUAACGAUGGCUGUGAUGUUAUUUAUCGGUUCGGCCGUUACGGCCAUCAUCAAGUCGGACCUGCGGCGCCAAGCGGCCCAGAACCCGACCGGUGCUUAAAGUGCCAUACCCAACGCAAUUGUUCUGUCAUGGUUGGUAAGUGACGACACCCGACCAUGUAAAUGGAUUUUUUAGAACAAAGAAUUUUUCAAGCAUGAAAAGUGAUGAUUAGGAAAUUGUAUAUUUUGCUGUUAUUUAUGCUCACCGUGUCAAACGUUGUUGAUUGGUAAGAUAUUUAAAUUAUUUUUAUAGUAAAAUUGAAAAUAUUUAGUACCAAAUUUAAAAAUAAACCAAAUAAGAAGAAAACGAAACAGAAAUUGUAAAAGUCAGUGGAUUUCAGCCUUCUUAAAGGCGUCAUCAAGUAGGCCGCAGAAUUUAAUUAGCCAACUGUAAUCGGAUGCUGUCAAGUGAAUUCUUCUGCGGAACCCAAAUUUGUCUGCUUCUUUAGCGCAGCAGGCGGGGCCCGGCGUUGUGGCGCGAAAGUCAAUUAAAAUUCGUUUUAACAUUCUCUAUUUUCCCGCUGGCGGCGUUCAUGUACUCCGAAUAGCUAUCCUUGUGAAAAGUGUUGAAAAACCCAACGUUGCGUAUCUUGAAGGGUGGUUGGGCGGCGUUCGGUACCAAAAACGAG